UUUAGCUGUCUUGUAUGGUAUUAUUGGUGAAAAAAAUAGUCGCGUUUGCUGCUUUCAUGUCAAUUUUAAAGUACGCACCAAAUUUAAUUCAUUUAAAAUCUAUCAAAAUCGUUCAAGAAAAAAAGAUGAGCACUGUAAUUUCAAAUUUGAGUCCACAACAUCAGUUUUUCAAAUUAUGUGAAGAAUCGACCUCAAAACAACUGCAGGAAAAUGUAAAGAAACUCAAAGAGAAAAAGGUCGACUUCAACGGGGGAACAGAUGGUAGCUACAAGACCCUGGAAGGUCACUAUCCAGAGGGGUGGACUGGACUUCACCUCGCGUGUUAUAAUGGGAGACUGGACAUUGUGAAAUACCUGGUGGAGGUUCUGAAGGUAGACGUGAACAGCUCCAAUGUCAACGGAGUCUCCCCUCUACACAAAGCGGCCUGCGGGGGGAGCAGAACAGUCGUGAAAAGCAAACCAGGAGCAACUGAGUCCAAGGGCAAGACAGCAUCCCGCUACGUGUCUAUUCUAAACCUUCUUCUCAAAUCGGGGGCUGAAAUAGACCACCCUGACAAAGAGGGAUCCACCGCUCUAAGAUGGAGCGCAAUUAUGGGCUUCGCAGAGGGCGCUGCUGUGUUGCUGGAACAAGGGGCGGACCCCAUGAAAGCAAACAAGCCAAAAUACAAACAGACUAGUCUGCACGCAGCCGCUCGUUACGGCAACAGCGAAGUGCUGGAGGAAAUUUUGGACAAAUCCAAACACCCCGUGGACAUAAACAUGAAAGACGGCGACUUCAAGACUCCUUUGCACUUGGCUGUAAUCCAUGGAAAACAGAAUUGUGUGAAGGUACUGAUGAGACACUCGGCCGACGCCACAAUUCCUGACAAUGACCCUGACGACGAUACACGAAUAGGAACGACACCACUCGGGUAUUCAAAAGGGAAUAUGAGAAAUCUUCUGAAAGAACUCAUGUCGAAAAAAUCAGACGGUCAAACUAAUGAAUCGGCCUCCAAAAACAAAGCAAGCUCCACUGAAACUAAAUCGGUUGUCCAAAAAGUUGCGGAAAACGAGAAAAGCGUAGAAAACGAGGUUGAUUCUGAGCAAUAUCAUGAAGAUAAUAUAGAAAAACCAGAGAACUCGGAAGACAAAAAGUCGUUUGACUUUUUCAUAUCAUACUGUCAUGCUAAUAAAGACCUCGUAAAUCAAAUAGACGAAGGCUUGAGCAAAAAAGACCCGAAUUUGAAAAUCUGGCGGGAUAUUCGAGAGACUUCAGGAGGCCAAGCACUGGGCGCCGAAAUUGUGCAGGGCAUCAAAAACUGCAGAGUUUUCCUGGCGAUGUUUAGUUCUGAGUAUUUGCAAAGUGAUCCCUGCAUGCGAGAAAACAGCUUGGCGGAUGCCCAUCGGAAACACAUGGUGCCAGUGAUGUUGGAUAAAGAAACCAGUAAAAAGUGGAUUGCUGAUCUUCCGCCUGAUUUGCAAUAUUUCUACUCCUCGAAUCUGGUGAAAUAUCUGGUCGCUAUUGACAACAAUGGAAAGUUUAAUCCAGCCGUGAUAGACGAAAUCCUAAACACAAAACAAUAAAAAUGUAUAGAUCUUGAUAAAAAAUAUUCUGCUCGUUAAAAUUUCUGAAUUGUUACGGCUUUAGAUCAGGGGCGGAUCUAGGAUUUU